GCCGGCUGAGCUAGAUCUCGCUGCUGGGUGCGCGGUGGUGAAGAGCGAGGCCUGGUGAGCACCGCCUAGGUGCGAGCCGAUUCUUCGGGGUUGAGUACGCGAUAGUUUCGGCAGGCCGGCGAGCGAGCCAACGGUUCACCCCAAGUGGCACCGGGAUCGGUUGCCGUUAGCCUGAAAACAUGACUACCCCAGGGAAAGAGAACUUCCGCCUGAAAAGUUACAAAAAUAAGUCCCUGAAUCCUGAUGAGAUGCGCAGGAGGAGGGAAGAAGAAGGACUACAGUUACGUAAGCAGAAAAGAGAAGAGCAGUUAUUCAAGCGAAGAAAUGUUGCUACAGCAGAAGAAGAAACAGAAGAAGAAGUGAUGUCAGAUGGAGGCUUCCAUGAAGCUCAGAUUAAUAACAUGGAAAUGGCACCAGGUGGUGUUAUUACUUCUGACAUGAUUGAAAUGAUAUUUUCUAAUAGCCCAGAGCAACAGCUUUCGGCAACACAGAAAUUCAGAAAACUGCUUUCAAAAGAACCUAAUCCUCCCAUUGAUGAAGUCAUCAGCACACCAGGAGUAGUGGCCAGGUUUGUGGAGUUCCUCAAACGAAAAGAGAAUUGUACACUGCAGUUUGAAUCAGCUUGGGUAUUGACAAAUAUUGCUUCAGGAAAUUCUCUUCAGACCCGGAUUGUGAUUCAGGCAGGAGCUGUGCCUAUCUUCAUAGAGUUGCUCAGCUCAGAGUUUGAAGAUGUCCAGGAGCAGGCAGUCUGGGCUCUUGGCAACAUUGCUGGAGAUAGUACCAUGUGCAGGGACUAUGUCUUAGACUGCAAUAUUCUUCCCCCUCUUUUACAGUUAUUCUCGAAGCAAAACCGCUUGACCAUGACCCGGAAUGCAGUAUGGGCUUUGUCUAAUCUCUGUAGAGGGAAAAGUCCACCUCCAGAAUUUGCAAAGGUCUCCCCCUGUCUGAAUGUGCUUUCCUGGUUGCUGUUUGUCAGUGACACUGAUGUACUAGCUGAUGCCUGCUGGGCCCUUUCAUACCUAUCAGAUGGACCUAAUGAUAAAAUUCAAGCAGUCAUUGAUGCAGGGGUGUGUAGAAGACUUGUGGAGCUGCUGAUGCAUAAUGAUUACAAAGUGGUUUCUCCUGCAUUGCGGGCUGUGGGAAACAUCGUCACAGGGGAUGAUAUUCAGACACAGGUAAUUUUGAAUUGCUCAGCUCUGCAGAGUUUAUUGCAUUUGCUGAGUAGCCCAAAGGAAUCUAUCAAAAAAGAAGCAUGUUGGACAAUAUCUAAUAUCACAGCAGGAAAUAGGGCCCAGAUCCAGACUGUGAUAGAUGCCAACAUUUUUCCAGCCCUCAUUAGUAUAUUACAAACUGCUGAGUUUCGAACAAGGAAAGAAGCAGCUUGGGCCAUCACAAACGCAACUUCUGGAGGAUCAGCUGAACAGAUCAAGUACCUUGUAGAACUGGGUUGUAUCAAGCCGCUCUGUGAUCUCCUUACAGUCAUGGACUCUAAGAUUGUACAGGUUGCACUAAAUGGCUUGGAAAACAUCCUGAGGCUUGGAGAACAAGAAGCCAAAAGAAAUGGCACUGGCAUUAACCCUUACUGUGCUUUGAUUGAAGAAGCUUAUGGUCUGGAUAAAAUUGAGUUCUUACAGAGUCAUGAAAACCAAGAGAUCUACCAGAAGGCCUUUGAUCUUAUUGAGCAUUACUUCGGUACCGAGGAUGAGGACAGCAGCAUUGCACCCCAGGUUGACCUUAGCCAGCAGCAGUACAUCUUCCAGCAGUGUGAGGCUCCUAUGGAAGGUUUCCAGCUUUGAAGCAAUACACUGGUUUUAUGUUCCUGUGUCAGACCAGGCUACCCAGUCAAGUCCUCUUGUGGAGCCCACAGUCCUCAUGGAGCUAACUUCUCAAAUGUUUUCCAUAAUACUGUUUGCGCUCAUCUGCUUGUCUUGCGCACCUGCUCUCUUACACACAUCUGGAAAACCUCUGGCUCUCUGUGGUGGAAUACCCUUCUAAGAAAAGGGUAACCAGAAUGGCCCACUCUCUUAAGGAAAAUCCCUAGGCUUUGGAGAUCCGCACUUAUAUAUUAUUAUAAGAGUCAUGAGAAUAUGCACAUGUUAAUGUGGCUCUCUUUUGUUGUUGUUGUUGGGGAAAAAGAGGGCUCUUCCUCAUUCCCUUUUAAGUGGGAAAAAAUACUGACAUUAAAAAGAUGAGACUAUAACUUUAUCUCGAAUUUCACACAACUACUUGCAAACAAGGGAGAUGUUUAGACCUAUUGUGUAUACAUCAGAGUACUUUUCAUGAGUUCUUCCACAGUGAACCCUUGGAUUACCUGGUGGCUUUUUCUAGCCAGAUUUGCAUUAAUACUUACUGAGAUUGGAUGGUUUCUUUUCCUCCAUUGGCGCCGUUCUUCACAGAUGUUAAAGUUAAACCAUCUGCUCUCUCACCUUCAGCCUUCAGUGAAUGUGCUUUCUAGUUGUCAGGAAUGCUGAAGCAUUAACACUUGAUUCUCAGAUGUGAUACUGGUUUGAAGAUUUCCUUAGAGCAGAAAAGAGAGGGGCACAUAGUAAUUUGUGUGGCUAUUGCUUCUCUUUGGUCUUAACCUGUUUUAGGAAUUUGGAAGUGGUUCAAUUCUAAUACUGGUUGGAGGUUGAUUUAGAAUCUUUAGUAAUCUAAAACAUUCUGUAAUUCAAUAAAAAAGUAAAAAAUAAACAAAAGCCCCCACCAGUUUCCCCAAACUUAACCAGUGUGACUAGAGGCUGUGUUUCUGCAUUUUACAAAUGUUUCAGGCUUUGUGGUCCUGAUAAGGUCCUCAUUAAAUUGGAGUUCACCUUAGGUGCUUUCCCCCUCUGCGACUGGCAGAUAACACAUACUUUUAAAGGUUACUUAGGAAAAUUUUUUAAAUUGGAUUCAGCAUGAUUCUGAUGUAUUCGUGCUGCAGAUAUGAUCCCUUUAAUGUAGCAUCUUAUCUUAAACAAGUAACUAUCUUCUCAAUAUGACCUGUUUAACCCAAAUAAGGGCAGUGAUAUUUUUUCUUACAACUUUAUUUUUCCCUAAUCAUGUCAUUUUAUCUCCUACUGGUUAGUACUGCCCAGUGAGGUUGCCCUCCCCCUUGUCUUGAAAUAAAAACAUUUCUCCUUCUGGCUCAUUUAAUAAUGACUGCAAUCUGUACCUGCAAAUGGCACUUCCAGUAGUGUCUUCAGUGAUCUACAUUUGUGCUUGGACUGGAACAAAAAAAUAAGUGUAAUUGCCAAGAGAACUGCAGCUGAACAUACAACUUCUUGGUGCUAGUUGGUCAUCUUGACUCAAUAUUGGGACACACUAUCGGAAAAGAUUUAUAUUUGUUGAUGUGCUAUUCAAAAUGAAUUCUGAAGGAAGAGUUGCUCACUUCUGUUAUAGAGAAUACCCUUUUAAUCCUCUUUAAUCUUGUCCUCUUCUAGAAUUCAUUAUAACCCCAAAGUUUAGCUCUUUGGGAGUUUCCCUGACAAGCUAUUCUACAUCUCUGGUAAAUCCCACUGAAUGUUAGGGAUAUUCAGAGCUUUCAUACCUCAACAUGUUGUCAAUUAAGAAGUUGACUUAUGUGACCUAAUUUAAACUUUUUAAAAAUCCACUUCAUUUAAAGUAAAAAGAUAAAGGACAUUUCAGCCAAGCCUGUGAUGCAGUCUUCACAUCUAACCUGUAGUUGUGUCUGCUCUGGAUGGAUACCGUCUGUCUGUCAUUGGUGGAGCAGCCACUGCAAACUAGUCAACUCUCAUGCAUAACUGUUACUUUUUCUAGUGCUGCUUUGUGCUGAAAGAACAUUUUAGUUUACUGCACUUGACCUGUAAAAGACUUUGAUUCUUUGUAAUUUUAGGGACAAGUUAGGUGGUUAAUUUAAAGAAAAACUUUCAAUGUUGCCUUUACAUCACAUUAAAAUAUAACUUCUUUCAGAAGGGUAAUAGAAGCACUGAUUCAUAGUAAAAAUCUUGUUUUUAGCUUUGACUUUUUUUGUGGCUGAGUUUUUUAAAAUUGUAAAUUACUGGUAACAUGUCAUUUCUCUAGAAUGUUUUAAAUUAUGUACCUUCUUUUGGAUAAUUUAAAAUUUUUUCAGUUCAUGUUGAUAAACCAAUUUGAAUGGAAAAAAUAUAAAGCACACAGUUGUUUCUCCACAUUAGAAUAGCAUAUGUUGGAAAUUUUUGCUAGCAAUUGCAGGUGUCUUAAAUGAAUGAAUUAAAACAAAGUCCACUCAACUAAUACGGUCUAUUUUCUGUUUAAAACAGGAAUUUAUCUUGCUCCUGUCUUAGAAGUUCCUGAGUGAUGAGCUAAAAUUCUUUUAGAAUAAAAUGGUGUUUUUUAAAUAUAAAAA